ACUCGGGAGCGGCUUCUUUCUUUCCCUUCAGCGGGAGGGGGGUUUCGUUUCAUGCUGGGCGUCGAUAAAAGCUCGUGGACACCCGGGAGUGCUUUCAAGGAGAUGUCCCGCAUACUUGUUCCGACGUAGGGGGAGUGUGCGGCGGCAGCAGCAGCCAGUUGGCUUGACUUGCUAGCGGAGGACUGCCGGCCCCGAAGUAGCUCCGGUAGCGGCGCAACAUACUCCGCGACAACGGCGGUUACACAACCGCACAGGCGGGAGACUAGCAGGCCCGCUCCGGACUUUGGAGAGAACUCCGGGUCGCCGUUUGUGUCACUCCGGAGUCGCAUUCACCAGCGGCGUGUCGUCAAAUCGCACCCGGAGACCCGAGCGACCGCGAAGGGGAUGGCGCAGAUCCACCUCGUCUACAGUUAACGACGGCGGACUGCAAUACACGCAAGUGUGCUGUUUUAGUGCGCGCUAACGUCUCUUUCCCCCCGGCGGAGGACAAUAAGCAAGACUCGGGGGUGAGCGCGCGUCUGGCAACAUGUCGAAAAUGCCGGCCAAGAAGAAGAGCUGCUUUCAGAUCACAAGCGUGACUCAGGCCCAGGUGGCUGCCAUCGGAGCCGCGGACGACACGGAGAGCCUGGAGGACCCGGACGAGUCCCGCGCGGAGGAUGUGUCGUCGGAAAUGUACGAGCCGGCGUCCGAAGAAGCCCCGAACAAUGCCGGGGAGCCGGAGGCGGCGCCGUCGCACAUACCUCACUUCGCCGUGCUGUCAGUCAACCCCUUGGGGGAGUUUCGGACCGGCCCGGUUCAAGGCGGUCAGCCGCCAGCAGGGACCGGCGCGGCCGUCACACCCCUCGUCGCUCAGCAACAGGCUGCCCCGUCGACCUCCAGCCCGGGGCCCGCCGCGGUGUCAGUUAACGUACCCCAUCCCGCUACAGUGCCCAGUCCGGGUCCCCCGCCUCCUUCCGCCGCCGCAGCGAGUUGCACGUCUCGCUUCCGGGUCAUCAAACUUGACCACGGCACCGGGGAACCCUUCCGAAGGGGUCGGUGGAUGUGUACGGAGUUUUACGAGAAAGAGUCCGAAGGUAACCGGACUGUGGACGGCAGCAGCAGGCAUGUCAGCGCGACACUGGAUGGCGCUGCAGACAGAGACAGUGGGCUGGGGCAUACCGGCGGCUCCGCGGUUGCCCAAGCCUCGGGCUCCUCGGCGGAUGUUGCUCUGUCAUCAUCUCGCAUGGACUCGUCCGUGCAGCAAAACUUUAUCACCCGGCAGCAUGCCGGGAGCGGGUCGGGGCCACAGGUUGCUCUCUCGUCGGUCCCCGUGCCGCUUCAGACUCAGUCUGUAAUGGGGAGCGUGCAGCCCGCCGCUCCUCACAGCGUCGGGCAGAAUGGGUUGCCUCAGUCCGCCAUCCACAUGCAGAAGUCCCCCAUCCUGCCCCAGUCGGCCCAGACGCCAGCUUACCCUCUCCAGCAGCUUUCCAUGGGGCACCACCUGACUGCCCAGAACCCGACCGAGUACUAUCAACAACAGCCUGGGCUUUCCGCUGCUCAGUCACUGUCGGUGUCUUCAGGGCCGCAGACGGCGGGACAAGCGACCUCUCCUGCCGCCCCCGCAGCCUCCGGAGGGGUUUCGAUACACCAGCUCGGGGACGUCGCUGUGUCUGGACCGACGGCUCCAGGCCAGACCGCCGGAAUGGGAACCGUACUUGUUGGAGGAUCGACUUUGCAGCAGCAGUCUGUCAGUCAGUACGCUGCCACGGGACAACCCAAACCCCUUAGCCUCCACCCUGCAUCCUCCGGUGUGCAAAAUGUGCCUACCGCUGUGCCCAGUGCCUCCAGUGCAGCCAUGCCAAAGGUGACAACAUCCAGUUUGCCUCCAGGUCAGACCGCUCACAGCAAGACGACGGGAGCGUCGGGGGCGCCGGGCCUCCUCGCAGCUGGAUUUGGACAGGUGGAGGGCGGCGGCGCGAGGAGGUCCGACGGUGUUGUCAACCCAAUGUCGUCCGGGAAGGACCUGAUGAAGCCCUUCAUGCCUGUGAGCCUGCAGCUCGCCGCUCCGACCGUCAACAGCCUGUUUGGAAUCCAUUUACCCGUCGACGGGGAUGAGGACAGUGCCUCUGGAACCAAUAUUGUUGCCAUUGAUAAUAAAAUAGAACAGGCAAUGGACCUGGUGAAAAGCCAUCUGAUGUACGCCGUGCGAGAGGAGGUGGAGGUCUUAAAGGAGCAGAUCAAGGAGCUCUGCGAGAGGAACUCUGUGCUCGAGCGAGAGAACGCCGUCUUGAAAUCCCUGGCCAACAGCGAGCAGCUCUCGCAGCUUCCCGCCCAGCCGGCGGGCGGGUCGGGCGGCCCGCCUCAGCCGCCUCAGCAAGGACUAAGCCAGCCUACGCCACCACUGGCCGGGCCCCCGCCUCAAGCGCAGCCUCAGCAGCACCCGAAGGCCCCGCAGCUGCAGACUCACCCUCAGCUGGACCCGAGCCAGCAGCAACCCAACGUCACCUCAGCUUGAAACCUCUCACAGCAGCUUACAGUUAGUGGAUGUGAAACUUACAGAAAAACAACAAAAAAGUUUAACUCUUGUUCUCUUAGCCACCAGCUUGACCACAAAGUGCAGUGCUUGUAUGUGCACGUGUGUGUGUGUGUGUGUGUGUGUGUGUGUGUGUGUGUGUGUGUGUGUGUGUGUGUGUGUGUGUGUGUUCUGGCAAUGCUUACUUAAUGGGGACAUCGCUCUGUUUACACAGUCACCUUUAGGGGACCCCUGACGGUAUGGGGACAAAAAAACAAAAACAGGUCCCCUAAAGGGAAACCUUUUUAAAUGAUAGUCAGAUCCAUUCUGAAGAUGCCUCAGUGGUUUUUAACAUGUUUACUGAAAAGUAGGGAUGAUGUUUGAUAAGAAAUGAUCCAGUUCGAGCCCAUUCUCGAGUCCUCUUAUCGAACCGGUUCCUUAUCGAUUCUCGUAUCGAGUCCAGAUAGGUUGUUGUAUGUGGGAAAAAAACACAAUAUUUGGUUUAACAAAAGCUCACUUUUAUUUUAUAAGAAAAAAAUAA